UUAAAAUGUAGGACGUUGAAGAUGGCUGAAGGGGCGCACAUCACAUCAGCUUUUUCCCACGAGCGCCCGUCAUUUUUUGAAGUUCUGGCACAAGAGAGUUUAAUUUCAACGAUAAGACCUGCUCUCAAACAUGCUAUCAGGGUUGCUGCAGAAAGCCGUCCUGAAAGAUUUGGAUGGCUACUCAGGCACUUUGAUGAAGUCUAUGUUGGUUUGCAUUUACUUCUGGAGCAGCAGCACCUCCAUAAAUACUGUGCCACAUUUUCCGAGCAUUUCUACAACCUGCAGAGACACUGUCCAGGAUCUCAGUCAGAACAGCUCCCAACACCUAUAUUCUUGAAGUCCCUUUUAUUUGUGGUUCUUAUACCAUAUGUGAAGCAGAAAUUAGAUGACUACUUUGAAAAUCAGCGGCAUUUACUGAAUACUUAUGCAACAAACAAGAAUGUGCCUCCACUGACCAAAGCCUUUGUAGCCAUUUAUCCGUACUUGCAUACAACCUGGGAGGGGGCCAUCCUGGCCUAUCAGACAGCCUACCUGUUCAAGAAGUCAAAUCAUCACUCUCCAUUCCUGCACAUGUCUGGGGCCAGACUUAUAAAUGACCUUGACACUGAACCCAUUGAAGGUCAGCUGCUACAGCCGUGGGACCAACUAAGUGGUUCAGAAAAGGUUAUUCAUGUCAUCAAGAAGACAUCUAGUGUUGCUGCAGGAUGUGUAACAAGUGGUUUGUCUGUGGGAGUGUUUUUCGUGCAGUUCCUGGACUGGUGGUACAGCGGUGAGACAAACCAUGCCCCGAUAACAGCGCUGCCUGUUCCAGACCCGCCAAACAAGGAAGAUGAAGAUGAGGACACCUUCCACUUUAGUGUGUGUCCAGUGUGCCACAGAACAAGAUCUAACGAUACAGCACUGUCUGUCUCAGGGUAUGUGUUCUGCUACCCAUGUAUAUAUGACUAUGUGAGAGAGUACAAAAUGUGCCCAGUGACAAAAUACCCUGCACAGACAGACCACCUCAUCAAACUCUAUAUCUCCGAAACCUAGCAGAAAGUGAAGUGUUUUUGAGGUCUUCUGUGAUAUUUUAAUGUCCUUAAAGGGCACAAAAUGUAAAGUAAUUUGAAUAUUGAGCAUGAUGUGUCAAAGAAAUCUGUCUUGGUAACAUUCCUGCUUUCAUAAACAAAUAUGUGGGUGAAUAUGUGAAAUGAAAAAUAACCCACUCCUAGGGCAUGUCAUUAAUGAUUCGCUAUUUAUCCUAUAAUUUGUGAAGCAUACACAGAUAUUUGUAUGACUACAAAAUAUUGAUGAAUGAGAUUAAAAGACAAAGGGAAGUGUAUUGACUGUCCGGGUAAUGUAGAUGCUAUGGGGAGCUAUUCCUUUGACUCCAGUUAAACUGUAGAUAAAUGUUAUCUGAUCAUAAUGCUGUGUUUAAACUCCAAACCAAACAGACCGGAUCAUAUAUGGCAGUUUUCAGGCUUAAGAAAUAGUUUUACAUGUAUAAAUAAUGCCAACUUUAUUCUAUAAAAUUUAUCAAUUGAUGGUCAAUAUAUUUCCUGUAUUUUGGUCAACAAUGCUACAAUGUUCUAUGCAUGAUUAUUCUCAUUUUUAAAUUGAAAAGUAUGGGACAGAAUAGGAUAAUUUUACUACAGUCAAUGAUCAUUUGCUCUUGAAGAAUCCAAUUUAUACUUGAAAUUUCAUUUAAUUGAUUUUAAUGGGAUGUCCAAUAAUGUAACACUCAGAUCUAUAUCCUUCAAUAAUCAGGUAAUGAGUAUAGUUGCAAAUUUUAUGAAAGUAAUGGGCUGUAAAUAUGCCGUUGUGAAUGGUCCUUCAAGGUAGCUUUUAUGUUGACAGAAGAAUAUUGUAAACUGCAAUUUAGAUUCCUUCCCUAUGAUUGUAUUGCUGUUUCAUUGUUUGAAGAAAUGUUAAGUUCUCAUGAAAACAAACCUAUACUUUUGUUCUGGCAUUCCUGUAUACAGGCCAUGUUAUUUGUUCUGGCAUUCCUGUAUACAGGCCAUGUUGUUUGGGGUACUGCUUAUAUAAUAACACAUUCUAAUUUUCUAGCUAUUUUGGGUGGAACAAGUACGAGUCUACAUUAUAUAUUAAUGCAGAACUAUUUUGAUAUAGAAGCUUUGGAUGAAAUUGUAAGCAAAGGACUUUUAAAUUAUCCUUGGGCUGUGCCGUUUGUUCCAUUUCACUGAAAGGGUUUCUUUGGUUUCCAUAAAUCUACAUGUACAUUAUGUUCCUUUCUAUUUAUACUGACUUAGUGCAUUAAAAAAAAAAUGAUGCCUUUUCUUUUAGUAUUUUUUUCCUAUAGGAAUUCAUUAAGCUUUCUAUUAAGCAUUUGUUUUUACUUGUCAUGUAUGUCUGUAUUAUAUGAUGAGCUUGAUUUAAUUGAAUUGCAAUGUUGCCUUUGAAUAAUUCAUGAAAGAAGAUAAUAAACACAGUAUCUCCACUUUUGGUCAGUGAAGCAGAUGAGCAAUUUGCCCUGGGUGACAUACCAGGUACGUGGGCUAACCUGCUCAAAUACCAUUAAGGUCAUUCUAUCGUAAUUUAAUCCAAUAAACACUUGUUCUAAUGAGAUCUAAGGAGAUCAAAACAGGUUAAAUACACUGAAUACUUUCAGCUUAAAUCUUAUGGAUAUAUCCCCAUUGUGAAAUAAUUGAAUUACUUGUCUCAGUUAACAAUAUUUCUUCACAUAAGUUUGUCAAAGAUUCAUUGGGUGUUAUCUUGUUAAAAUUGUGUAUGUCUUAAAAUAGUAUUUUUUGGAUGUAACAGUAAUACAUGUUUUACAUUUUAGGUUACAAAUACAUGUAUUAAUGCAGUGAUUGUUAAUUAAAAGCAUGUCAAUGCGGAAUCAUUUAGCUGCUUAAAUAAAAUGGCUAUACAAUUUUAUAUUCACAAAUAUAUUAGUAAUCUAUGUGUGAAUGUAUGUGCUGCAGGGCUCAAGGUGUCCAAACCCAAUGCCUAGUUAUCUUGGUAAUGUUGACAUUCAUUUUGAAAUUGAUGUGUUGAGCAGUCUUACUUUAUGUUCAACAUAUCAUUAGAUUGCCCUGACCCCGGUGAUAUCUACAUACAUUGUUCAGUUGUUUGACUUCAUCUUAAAGCAUUUAUGUACUGAUAAUGCUGAAAGGAUUUUACCUAAUGUGGGGAUUUCUAUUUGCAAAUAAAAGUUCUAAAUGCAUACUCUGUCUGGUUGAACGAUAUAGCUAUGUAUUUUAACUAUAAAAAUGAUAUAUUUACUAUUUAGUACAAAUAAAUAUGCUAAAAUC